UUUUAGCGUAUUAAUUAAAAAUAUCCUUAUUCGGAAAUAAAAGCUUUGAAGAAUGAUACUUUCGAAAUUUUAAAAACGUUUACAAAAGGUACGUUUGCACGGUAAAUGGUGAAAAUGAAGUCAUUGUUGUCAAAAAAGUGCUUUUGUGGUUUUUUAAUAAUUUUACUUGAAUGCUUCAAACAUUUAUACGCAAUUGAUCAACCAUAUAAAUAUGAAAAUCCAAAGCUUCAAAAUAUACACAGAUCAAUGAAAAAAAGAGAUUUAUCACGGAUAUUUGCAAUUGAAGAUUCUAAUGAUGUUCCUGAUUAUCACAUAGUAGUGCCUUUUCAAUUAGAUCUAUACUCAAGUAUAGGUCGCAAUAAACGAGAACUUAGCGAUAAAGAACCUAUUCAUUUUACAUUUGGAAUAUCGGCAUAUGAUAUUGAUUUUAAGUUUAAUUUAUCACUAAACAAACAUUUACUUGGACCUAAUUUUAAAAUUGAAAUUAAAGGAAAAAAUGGAACAAUUGAAAAAAAAGCUAAAAAUUGUUAUUACUCUGGUAAAGUAAAUGGAAAUGAUGAAUCAGUGGCAGGGAUAAGUACUUGCAAUGGAUUGAGUGGAAUUUUUAAAUAUAAUAACCAUGAUUAUUUUAUUGAUCCUGUUCCAAAGUACCUUCACAAAUUUCAUCAAAGUAAAAAUAAAGUUUUGAAUACUAAAGUCAAAAGUAAAAAAAGUCCGUCAAAACAUUCUGCAGAUUUGAAAUAUUUUCAGCCCCAUAUAAUUUACAGGCGUUCAUUAAAUGGAGUUUAUGAAGAUCAUCAAACAUUAUCUGAAACAUUUUCAAGAUUUAUGCAUAAAAAUAUGAUGAAGCAAUGUGCCACUAAAGGAGAUCCACUUGUUCGUGUUGAUCGGUCUUCUGAUGACUCCGCAAAUUUUGUUAAAUCUGAUAAUACUGAGAGAUACAUUGAAACAUUGGUUGUUGUUGACCAAAAAAUGGUCAACUACCAUGGGGAAGAUGCUGCAACUCAAUUUGCUCUUGUAGUUCUUAACAUUGUUUCAAGCUUGUUGCGAGAUGGUAGUAUUGGUUCCAAUUUAAUAAUACUUGUUGUUGUGAAACUAGAGUUACACACAGUUGAUAUUCCUGGUUUGGUUAUUAAUCAUCAUGCAAGAAACACCUUAGAAAGUUUUGGAACUUGGGCAGCUAGAGCUAGUGAUCAAGAUGAUCGUUCUGAUGAUCACUUUGACUACGCAGUCUUAAUGACUAGAUAUAACGUAUGUGCAGAUGAUCGUCAACCAUGUGAUAUACUAGGUUUAACACAAGUUGGUGGGAUGUGUAACUGGCCAUACUCAGCAUCUAUCAAUGAGGAUAAUGGACUGCCACUAGCAUACACUAUAACUCACAACAUUGGUCAUAGUUUAGGUAUGAAUCAUGAUGGUGAUGAAAGUUCAUUUAUAUGUCCAGAUAAUACUUUUCUAAUGAGUUCUUUGUCAACCCCUAUACAAGAAUGGAAAAGUUCACACUCUCUUUGGUCCAGGUGCAGCAGGAACUACUUAAAAAACUUUUUAAAAAAAGACCAAGCUAAGUGUCUUCUUGAUCCACCAGUUAAAGCCAAGUCAGUUGAUUAUGAAAAAAUGGAUAAUAAACCAGGUUUAUUGUAUGAUUUGCACAAACAAUGUGAAAUGCAAUUCGGAACUGGAUCUAAAUUAUGCCAUCAAAAUGAUAUGGAGAAAAUAUGCAGCAAACUUCAAUGUACAAACCCUGCUAAUCCAGAUAAAUGUUUCACAAGCUCAUAUCCUGCAGCAGAUGGUACAACCUGUUCUCUUUCUAAGUUUUGUUAUAGGGGAGAAUGCGUUUCUGCAGGAGAUGUUAAAGCUAUUGAUGGUGGAUGGUCAAGCUGGAGUGAUGAGUUUUCUGCAUGCUCAAGAAGCUGUGGUGGUGGAGUACAAUAUAGGCACAGACAAUGCAGUCAUCCAAAACCUAGUAAUGGAGGUAAAUAUUGUGAAGGUGAAGCCAGAAUGUAUCGAUUGUGUUCAAAAAAGCCAUGUGACACUGGUUUAAAAUCUCAUAGAAGUGUUCAAUGUGCUUCUCUAGAUGGUCGUCUUUUUGGAGAAAGAAAGUUUGAAUGGGAAUUCAAACCAUCAAAAAUAGAGUCAUGUAAACUUGGUUGCUUUAUUGCUGGAACUGGUCAUGGAUAUGAUUUUGGUAAUGUUGAAGAUGGGACUAAUUGCGACCAAAUGGAUAGUAGUGUUGUUGCUGACAAAUGUAUUAAUGGAGAAUGCAUUACUGUAGGAUGUGAUUCCGUUCUUGGUUCAAAAGCAAAGUUUGAUCGAUGUGGUGUUUGCAAUGGAGAUGGAAGCUCAUGUGCUACUGGAACAGAUCGUUCUGACAUUCCAGAAAUUAGCACAGGUAGCGGAGGUAUUGCUGAGGCAUUAAAGUCAUUAAAAGAAAUGGGUUUUGAUAUGGGAAGUUUUUAUUCAAAGUCUCAAUUAAGUCUGGCCGAAAAACGUUCUGAUAUUCCACAGAAAGAUGAUACAAAUUUUGGGUGGUCUAGAAUUAAAUCUGGGUGUUCAACAUCUUGUGGUGGAGGAGUUGAAACUGUGACACCUGAAUGUAGAAGAUUAGAUGAUGGAUCUCCAUCAAAUGAGGAUCGUUGUGAUAAGAAAACAAAACCUCCUGUUCAACAAUACUCGUGUAAGGAAGAUGCUUGUCCACCUAUUUGGCAAACAUCAUAUUGGGGAGAUUGCAGCAAAACAUGUAAUGGUGGUUUAAAAAAAAGAAAUGUACGUUGUGUACAGAGAGCUGGUAAUGGAAUCGAGUAUGAUGUUGAUAAUAGUUUAUGUUCAGGAGUAAAGCCAUCUGAUACUGAAGGGUGUAAUAAAGAAUCUUGUCCUUCUGAAUGGGUAGCACAACCAUUUGGAGAGUGCUCUACUAUAUGUGGUCCUGGUGUACAAGUUCGUGAUGUUCUUUGUCAGAAGUCUUUAAAAGAUGGUUCUAUUGUUACUCAAAAGUUAACUGAUUGUAGAAAAGAAACAAAACCUCCUACUGAACAAAAAUGUAAUGUUCACAAUCCAUGUCCUGGAGAUGCUGGCUGUGGUGGUAUAUAUACUGAUUCGCAUGGAAAUUUUUCAUCUCCAGAGUAUCCAAAUAACUAUCCAAACAAUAUGGAAUGUGUUCAUAUUAUACAAGUGGAGGAGGGAAAAGUCAUUCAUUUAGAUUUUGAAGUAAUGAAGAUUGUAGCUCCUGAUGAUAAAGAAUGCAAGAACGACUUUGUGAAGGUUAUGGAUGGAGACUGUGUUUCUCGUUUAGGGGAGUCUAAGUUUUGUGGGAAAACAUUACCUCCUCCAUUUGUUUCUACAACUAAUCGACUUUGCAUAAAGUUUUACUCGGAUGAUUCACAGAAUGAUGAAGGAUUUAUUGCUAAAUACAAGGCCAUAGACAAACCUGCUCAAAAUACUGAUUUAUGUGGAUAUAACUACACAGCUCCUGCUGGUCUUAUUUCAUCUCCUAAUUAUCCUGAAUAUUAUCCACCAAAUGAAGACUGUAACAUUACUAUUAUUACAGAGGAGAAACCUAUUAGAAUUACUUUUCAUGCUUUUGAUGUUGGCACAGAAGAUUGUUCAAGUGACUAUAUUUUCUUAAGUGGAGGAGAUGAAAAAAAAAAGUAUUGCGGGCAAAAAGUUCCACCUCUUUAUACAUCAACAGAUAAUACUUUGUUUAUUCGUUUUGUAUCAAGUAGUCAUUUAACUGCUAUGAAACCUGGAUUUGUUGCAACGUAUACUUCUGGAAAUCCUCCAGAUAAGACAAGUGAUUCCCGUCACCAGAUCCCUGACAAAUCAAGUGAUAUUAGUAACCAAAAUAUUGACAAAGUAAGCAUUACUGAGGGGGUUGUUUUACCCAGUGAAAAUAAUGCAAUCAAAAAUGAAAGUAAUAAAAUACCAGAAGCAAAAGAAGCCCAAAUGACCUUGAAAGAAGUUCAAAAUACUAUUGAAGAAGCUAGUGAAGAACGAAAAAGUAUGAUUUAUCCUUCUCCAGAUGCAUCAACUGCUACUUCAUCAACUCCUGUUAGUUCAUACUUAACUUCUGAUCAAUAUGCUCCUCUAAAUAGUGCACAUGAAAGUCAAGCUUCUUUACAACCAAAUAAUAUUCCAUUUACAUUUUCUAGCUCAAGCUCUAAUGAUGAAAUUUCUAAAGAAAUCAUGCCAAAUGAUAAUAAACAAGAAUUAUCACUUGUUAAAAAGCAAAAGUUAUCUAGCAUUCCAAUUGAGGAAGAUACUCUGUCCUGGAUUCCUGAACCAGAUGAUUCUUAUCGAUUUGCUACCAGAACCUCUAAAGAUAUUCAAGUUAAUCAAGUUGAAAGCCCUGUGACACCAGUAUAUGUUUCAAGCUUAGAUAAAAAAUCUUCUUUGUUAAACCAAGAAAAAGGGUUUUCAAAAAAAUCGCAGUAUCCUAAUCCAAUUAUCCCGAGACCUCAGUUUAUUUUGAAAGCUAACCAACAUCAUGAAGAUGUUAAAAAGUCCGUUAUUUCACGAGGAUUGCAGAAUUAUGAGCAUAACCUUGACGGAAAAAAUGGAGAAUGUCCUCAUCCUUCUCAACUUCGAUGUAUUCGUUUACUUCUUUCAUAUCCCUGCAAUACUGAUGAAAAUUGUGGAUUCGGUUUUGCUUGUUGCACAACUUCUUGCGAGUUUAGUAUGCGUAUGUGCACUCCCAAAGUAACACGAUCGUGUCCGUUGCGUGAUCCAUUUUAUUAUCCUCAGAUACAAUGUAUUUCGGAGUUAGAUUGUCCUGAUAAUGGUCCAUGCUGUUUGGAUAUGAGCAAAAAGAGGUACUGCAGACGUUCAUUACCUGAACCUAAAGAUAAUUUUAUUGACUGACACGCAUUUCUUAUUUCUUUCAUAAAGGGGUUUCGCUUAAAUAUUUUUUAUAAUAUAUUUGUGUAUAGUUGACGACAGGGGUAUAUUUAUUCUCUCUUGAAAUCUUUUUAGAAAUCUUUUAACUUUUGAGUUUCGUUUAAUUUAUUACUCAUGAUUUUUUAUUUUAUUUUUUACCUGUACAUAAUCUUAUAUUAUGCAUUUUUACAUUGAUGCAUAGACAUAU